AGCGCUCCGUUCAACCGCAGCUCAUUGCGAUCCAGGCGCUCCACGCUCCCGAGUGCUCAAGAACGCCGUUGUUUAGGAUAAGAUAUAAUAGUAGACAAAACACAGUAUAGCUAGUGUUUAUUGCAAUGCCACACUUAAUACGAUAGAAAUCUCCAUAUUCAAUCAUUUGCAUACUUCAAAACCUCUAUAGACUAACCGUGGGGCUGAAGUAUCAUCAAACAUGAUCAUCUCGGAUGGCGGUGAUGUUUUUGAUGGAGAUAUGCGUCCUGACACUUCAUGACAAAAGACACCCAACUCUGUCUUUCAGCGUCCGUUCAGCCGUGGCAAAGAAGGAGAGAAGAGAAGAGCGCAGGAUGAAAAGCACUGGCUUACUACUGGGUUACUUUUUGAUGAAAGUUCUUGUGUGCGACGCGGAAGGAGAACCUGGGAAGAACCUGGAUGGUCUGGUGACAGCGUCAGGGUCUAACGACUCUAGAGACGGGGAACACGGUCUCUCUGAGACCCCUCAUACGGAGGACAGAUGUCGGGGCUAUUAUGAUGUGAUGGGUCAGUGGGAUCCUCCGUUCGUGUGUCGGACGGGUAGUUACCUGUACUGCUGCGGGACCUGUGGCUUCAGGUUCUGCUGCGAGUUUAAAAACUCCAGGUUAGAUCAGACCACUUGCAAAAACUACGACACCCCGCCGUGGUCCAUGACGGGCAGACCACCGCCGAAGAUGAUGGACCAACACGAUCCGACUAAGGAUAAAACGAAUUUGAUUGUGUAUAUCAUAUGCGGAGUAGUUGCUAUCAUGGCGCUGGUUGGGAUAUUCACCAAACUUGGCUUGGAGAAGGCGCAUCGACCUCACAGAGAGAACAUGUCCAGAGCCCUGGCCCAGGUGAUGCGCCAGACAGCUCCAGGAGAACACGUGGAGAGGGAGGAGAGUUUGGCAGUGCAUGGACAACACUACGAGAACAUGCAGGCCAGAGCAACAGGAAACAACCUGCAGUGUGCCCAAAUGAACAGUGUGGGGUCUGGUUCAUCUCUGAUGCAAGCCAUGACACAAUACCCUUCGCUUGGACAGGUACCUGUAGCCCACCCCUAUGAGCCAUCUCAACCUGGAAAGGAGCUCAACAAGUAUGCUUCGCUCAAGGCUGUGGCUGAAAAAGCGAAUGAAAACUUCUACACUAACAGACGGCACUUAGCCGACCUGGCAGCGAAAGGCGCUCUUCCCAUGCACUCGGUGAGUCUGGAGCAGGAGCCCACCAACCCUUACAGCCCAGAGCUGCCCUGCCAAAAGCAGAACGGACACAAGUCCAAAAGCACCAAGGUCCACAGUUCCCACCCGCUGGCUUUUGGCUCGAACACUAUCGCCAACCCCGGCAUGCUGAAGAGCUGGGAGGGGACAGAAACGCUGGGCCGCCGGCAGACGUACGGCCCCAAGAGGCACAGCGCCACCGUGGAGCAAGUGAACGAGUUGACGUCCGCCCAGAGCCAGCACUACCUGCCUCCACAUCCGUACUUUGUCACCAACAGCAAGACUGAGGUGACCGUGUGAACGGGGCCGCAACAGCGGGCUUAUCGAGCCCAGGUCUUGAGUGGAUGCGUGGAACGAGGAUAACAAAGGAAGCCUGACCGGGGAAGAAGUGUGGAUUAGGAGCCCGUCCUGCUGGAAGGAUUGACCGAACGGUCUGGCUUGAGAUCUGCAUGGCUGUAUGUGUGCUGUUUGUCUUUGAGCGGUUGUGCAUGGAAAAGGCAUGCAUUGGACUUCAGCCUCAUUUGAAAGGGAAAGCGUAACAUUACUCAAAUGAACUCUUUCUGUGUCCAUUCCGUCACAAUGCAAAUGGAUAAUCUGCCUUGUAGUGAUGAGUUUGUUACAAGGCCAUCCGUCAAUAUGAUGAGGACAUGUUCAAACACGAAACAAUCAAUGCAAUCAAACGUUCUAGAUGGGACCCCCGUCAUGACUCCCAACAACUUGAAAGCUUGUGAGAUAGUCCUCAACACACAUAUUUUUUUUUUUCUCAGAAUCUUGUACAUAACAGAACGUUACCAAGGAAGUAUAACGUCAUAAGCUUCCUCGGAUAAUCACAGAAC